UGCGAAUACGAAUAAACCUAAAGGGACGCGCCAAGCUUUUCAGACCUGUUCAAGAUCCCUCUCGCGAUGAUGCACCAGAGCCAGCAGUCGAAUCCAUCGGUGGCGCUGCCCACCACCGUGCGCUGGAUCCCAGACGCCGAAGUGAGCGUGUGCUACGGCUGCCAGCUAUUGUUCGACUGGGUGCGUCGGAAGCACCACUGCCGCUAUUGCGGUCACGUGUUUUGCGAGCUGUGCACGCCACAGCGUAGUCUCAUCCGUGAAGACCAGAUCCUCACCAAUCCAGAGCGCAAGUAUUUGGCCGUGAACGCGCACAAUCCGCAACGCGUGUGUGAUGACUGUCAUGCUCGUCUGGAGCCGGAGCAAGAGGAGCUUCGUCGAACAAUGAGCCACGCCGUGCAGCAAAUGGAGGUGAAAGAGUCCGGACCUCAGAGGUUCUUCAACAGCCCCUACUCCUUCACUCUGCGCGAGGAAAUCCGCAAGGCCACGUACAGCGUCAAGAACUUUACGUUCCAAGGGGUCGUCAAGGACCAGUCUAUCCCCCUACCGCUACUCACUCACGCCAAAGGCAUCGCUUUCCUGACGGUGAUCAAGAUGGGUUUUGUGUUUACGGGACGCAUGGGAACCGGUCUCGUGGUCGCUAAACUGCCUGACGGGAGGUGGUCAGCGCCGUCGGCUAUUGGCACUGCUGGAUUGGGCUGGGGGCCACAAAUUGGAGGAGAAAUUACAGACUUCGUGAUCAUUCUCAACACACAACGUGCUGUUGAGGCCUUCUGCGCAUCUGGACAAGUUAAUCUUGGAGCAGAGUUGGGGAUCUCUGCAGGUCCCGUGGGUCGUGUGGCCGCUGGAGCGCUGGAGGCAAGUGCUUCUAUGGAUGUAGCCCCGUGCUACUCAUACUCACACUCAAAAGGUCUGUACGCGGGCAUCUCACUCGAGGGCUCAGUGAUCCUCUCAAGGCCCGACAUUAAUCGUUCGUUCUACGGCAAGACGGUGACGGUCCCAGAACUGUUGGGAGGACGAUGGAAAGGUUCGUAG